CGGGUACAUCCGGGUUCAGGCCACCGCCGGGAAGGGCUUUUCGCGGAGCGUGCGGAGCUGUGUUCGGUUCGCUGGGCGGCUCUUAGAGUAACUGGCCAUGUCUCUGUCCCAUUUGUACCGGGACGGGGAAGGCCACAUGGACGAUGAUGACGAUGAGCGAGAGAACUUUGAGAUCACCGACUGGGACCUCCAGAAUGAGUUCAACCCCCACCGGCAGCGCCACUGGCAGACCAAGGAGGAGGCCACCUAUGGGGUGUGGGCCGAGCGUGACUCAGAUGAGGAGAGGCCCAGUUUUGGAGGAAAACGGGCCCGUGACUACUCUGCACCCGUCAACUUCAUCAGCGCAGGGCUCAAGAAAGGGGCGGCUGAGGAGGCAGUGCUGGAAGAUUCUGAGGAUGAAGAGAAACCGAUUAAGCAGGAAGACUUUCCUAAAGAUUUUGGACCAAAGAAGUUAAAAACGGGCGGCAAUUUUAAGCCCAGCCAGAAAGGUUUUGCAGGAGGAACCAAAUCUUUCAUGGACUUUGGCAGCUGGGAAAGACACACGAAGGGAAUUGGGCAGAAGCUUCUUCAGAAGAUGGGCUACGUCCCUGGGCGAGGUCUUGGGAAGAACGCACAGGGAAUCAUCAACCCCAUCGAAGCCAAACAGAGGAAAGGGAAAGGAGCCGUGGGGGCCUAUGGCUCGGAGCGGACCACGCAGUCCCUGCAGGACUUCCCUGUGGUGGACUCGGAAGAAGAAGCCGAAGAGGAGUUUCAGAAGGAGCUGAGCCAGUGGAGAAAAGACCCCAGUGGGAGCAAGAAGAAGCCCAAGUACUCCUACAAGACGGUGGAGGAGCUGAAGGCCAAGGGCAGGAUCAGCAAGAAGCUCACGGCUCCCCAGAAGGAACUUUCUCAGGUCAAGGUCAUUGACAUGACGGGCCGGGAGCAGAAGGUCUACUACAGCUACAGCCAGAUCAGCCACAAGCACAACGUGCCCGACGACGGGCUCCCGCCGCAGUCCCAGCUGCCACCCCUGCCCGGCAAGGAGGCCAAAGCCCCCGGCUUCGCCCUGCCCGAGCUGGAGCACAACCUGCAGCUGCUCAUCGACCUCACGGAGCAGGAGAUCAUCCAGAACGACCGGCAGCUGCAGUAUGAGCGGGACAUGGUGGUGAACCUGUCCCACGAGCUGGAGAAGAUGACCGAGGUCCUGGAGCACGAGGAGCGCGUCAUCUCCAACCUGAGCCGGGUGCUGGAGAUGGUGGAGGAGUGCGAGCGGCGCAUGCAGCCCAGCUGCCCCAACCCCCUCACCCUGGACGAGUGCGCCCGCGUCUUCCAGACCCUGCAGGACAAGUACUACGAGGAGUACCGCAUGUCGGACCGCGUGGACCUGGCCGUGGCCAUCGUCUACCCGCUCAUGAAGGACUACUUCAAGGAGUGGGAUCCCCUCAAGGACUGCACCUACGGCACGGAGAUCAUCUCCAAGUGGAAGAGCCUCCUGGAGAACGACCAGAUCCUGUCCCACGGCGGUCAGGACCUCUCCGCAGAUGCCUUUCACAGGCUCAUCUGGGAAGUCUGGAUGCCUUUUGUUCGAAAUAUCGUCAACCAGUGGCAGCCAAGAAACUGUGACCCAAUGGUGGACUUCCUGGACAGCUGGGUACAUAUCAUCCCCGUGUGGAUCCUGGACAACAUCCUGGACCAGCUCAUCUUCCCUAAGCUGCAGAAGGAGGUGGACAACUGGAAUCCCCUGACGGACACGGUCCCCAUCCACUCCUGGAUCCAUCCGUGGCUGCCCCUCAUGCAGGCGCGGCUGGAGCCCCUCUACUCCCCCAUCCGCAGCAAGCUGUCCAGCGCCCUGCAGAAGUGGCACCCCAGCGACUCCUCGGCCAAGCUCAUCCUCCAGCCCUGGAAGGACGUCUUCACCCCCGGCUCCUGGGAGGCGUUCAUGGUCAAGAACAUCGUGCCCAAGCUGGGGAUGUGUCUGGGUGAGCUGGUCAUCAACCCCCACCAGCAGCACAUGGACGCCUUCUACUGGGUCAUCGACUGGGAGGGGAUGAUCUCCGUCUCCAGCCUGGUCGGGCUCCUCGAGAAGCACUUCUUCCCCAAGUGGCUCCAGGUGCUGUGCUCCUGGCUCAGUAAUGGCCCCAAUUACGAGGAGAUCACCAAGUGGUACCUGGGCUGGAAGUCCAUGUUCUCAGACCAGGUGCUGGCCCAUCCGUCUGUCAAGGACAAGUUUAAUGAAGCACUGGACAUCAUGAACAGGGCGGUGUCCUCUAAUGUUGGGGCCUACAUGCAGCCGGGAGCGCGGGAGAACAUCGCCUACCUCACCCACACGGAGCGGAGGAAGGACUUCCAGUACGAGGCCAUGCAGGAGCGCCGUGAGGCCGAGAACAUGGCCCAGAGGGGCAUCGGUGUGGCCGCCAGCUCUGUGCCCAUGAACUUUAAGGACCUCAUUGAGACCAAGGCCGAGGAACACAACAUCGUGUUCAUGCCCGUCAUCGGCAAGCGGCACGAGGGGAAGCAGCUGUACACCUUUGGCCGCAUCGUGAUCUACAUUGACCGGGGGGUGGUGUUUGUCCAGGGCGAGAAGACCUGGGUGCCCACCUCCCUGCAGAGCCUCAUCGACAUGGCCAAAUAGACCAGAGAGGUGCCUCACAGAGGCGAUGUGCACGAA